CUCCCAUUUCCCCCCGCUUUCUCCCAAUGUUUUCUCAGUGGCUAAGAUCACCAAGCAGGGGAAACUCCUCACCAAAAUCACCCUCUCAUUUCUCUUCCUCUUCAUUCAAAGACAUUAACGCUAUCCUCAAAGAGGAAGAGGAGUCUCAAAUCUGUCCUCAAUCCCCCAAAAGGCCGUCCAUUUUCCACCGUGUCAAGCUUUCAACCUCAGUCCUCCGCGCCUGGGCCCACCGCCAUGCUCCUUCCCCUUCAUCCCAACCUUCCAUUACCCUCCCCAACGUUGAUCAAAGCAUCGUCGUCUACUUCACCAGCCUCCGUGUCGUCCGCAAGACCUUCGAAGACUGCAAGACCGUCAGAUCAAUCCUCCGAGGGUUUCGUGUCCCUGUAGACGAACGAGAUUUGUCGUUGGACUCUAAUUUCUUAGACGAGUUGCAAUGUAUCUUCGGGCGCAAAAGCUUUACCCUUCCGUUGGUUUUCGUUGGUGGGAGGUACGUCGGUGGCGCAGAGGAAAUCAAACGGUUAAAUGAGUGUGGAGAACUGAAGAAGAUGAUUGCUGGGUUACCGUUGGUGGUGGGGUCCAGUGUCUGUCAUUUAUGCGAAGGGCUGAGAUUUGUUCUUUGUCGCCAAUGCAAUGGUAGCCAUAAGAUCUACUCUGAAAAAUUUGGGUUUCGAACUUGUACUGAUUGCAACGCUAACGGUUUGAUUAGGUGCCCAUCUUGUUGCCCCGGUCACCAUCGAGUUACCUACUCCUUCUCCUAGCUUAAAAAGAUAGGAUUAAUAAAACAAAACAUAGACAACUUUAUUUUCUUCAACCUCUUGGGAUCUGAACAACACAAUG